CCGCUGAGGCCCGGCCGGGCCGGGGGCUGCGGGGCGGCUCUUCGGCGCGGCAGCGGCCGGGGAUGAGCCCGGCGGCCGGCAAGGAGGGCGCCCGGCGGCGGCGGAGGCGCCGGGGGGCCGCGCAGGGAGCCAUGGCGGAGAGCAACGCGGACUGGAUGGGCUCGCUGCCGGCGGCGCUGCGCACCUGCCCGCUCUCCAACCUGGCCAUCCCAGGGUCACACGAUUCUUUCAGCUACUGGGUUGAUGAAAAAUCUCCUGUGGGACCAGACCAAGCCACAGCCAUCAAACGCUUGGCCAGAAUUUCCUUGGUUAAAAAGAUUAUGAAGAAAUGGUCGGUGACUCAAAAUCUGACUUUCAAAGAGCAGUUGGAAGGUGGGAUCCGCUACUUUGAUCUUCGCGUAUCUUCCAAACCUGGGGAAAUAGGCCAUGAGAUCUACUUCAUACAUGGUUUAUUUGGCAUCAAAGUGUGGGAUGGACUGAUGGAGAUUAACACCUUUCUUGACCAGCACCCCAAGGAAGUCAUCUUCUUGGAUUUCAAUCACUUCUAUGCCAUGGAUGACGGCCAUCACUUCUUCUUGAUCAACAGGAUCCGCUCAGCAUUUGGAUCCAAACUUUGUUCCGUUGAGUGUGUAGAAUAUGUGACGUUACAGUACAUGUGGGAGAAGAAGCAUCAGGUUCUUAUUUUCUACCACUACCCUUUGUGUCGGGAAUUUCCCUUUCUAUGGCCAGGGAAUAAAAUGCCAGCACCAUGGGCUAAUACAACCAACGUGCACAAACUCCUACAGUUCCUGGAGACCACUCUCGAAGAACGAAGUCGUUAUGGGACUUUUCAUGUUUCUCAAGCAAUUCUUACCCCUCGAGUGAAAACUAUUGCGCGACAUCUAAUCCGUGGUCUGAAGAACACGCUUGUUCGUAGGAACCUGCCCAUGAUUUUGAAUUGGGUGAAAGCACAGAAACCAGGUGUUAUGGGUGUGAACAUAAUUACAUCAGACUUUGUGGAGCUGGUUGACUUUGCUGCUACAGUUAUUGCAUUAAAUGACCUUCUUCUAGAAGAGGAUGAAUCUACAUCUAAAUCCUGAUGUGUCCCACUUGUACUCCUCUGUGAACGUCUUUGAGCUAUGCUAAACAUGUUAAGUGAAACCUACUAUAAUCUCGAUUUCAAACAAAGUUUUGUAGAGGAGUUGUGGUUAAAAAUCAUAUACAGAAGGUUUUCUUCUCUGGGGGGGGUAGUGGAUCUGAGUGGAACACAGAGUACUGUCUGAGUGCUGCUGCAUGGCUUUUUGUGGCUACAUGUUUGACUAAGUUAUGCACACAUCUGCUGCAGUACAGAGUGUUGUCUGCUUGCCAACAAGAGGCUGGCCUCUGAAGCAGAUGUACCCAAUUAUUGUAUGUGUCUCCCUGGUGACUAGGCUCACCGUGUCUUCCUGUAUGCAUCCUGCUUAUUUCUCAACUCAAGGACUCAAACCAAGGAUCCUUGCUGAUCCUUCUGUAGCAUUUUUACCAGGGCAGCCAAGACCUUUUCGUUCUUUGGCCACCUCAGGCAUAGCUGGUCUCAGCUGGAUGCUGCUGUUGUAUUCAUUACACUGUUUUAGACACUACCUCUGACUGACUUGGAGGAAAAAAGGCGUGAUAUUGUUGUUCAGGGGCAAGUUGUUUUACACUGUGAAUAUCCUAACUGUUCUUUGGGCCUGAGAUACAAAGGCUUGGUAUGUACUUUCUCUUUGGGCUCCAAACUCUUUCUGGACCUCUUUAUUUUACGUUUAAACAGGGUUGCAUUGAAGUAUUAAUGUGUAUCUCUUCUGGUAUUAAUUUGGAAAUCUGGACAAUAUUCAGUCCUCAGAUAAUGAGGAUCAUAACUCAGUCUGAAUUCAUGUUGUGAGACAUACCUUAAACUUCUCUUUCAUUUGCUGGUCACUUAUUUCAUCCAUCAAGAUCUGUGGGGAAAGCUUCUCACCCAGAUGCUCCUUAUGUGGACAGAUGUGGCCAAGUGGGAGUUUGCUUGGUAUUAAAAAAAUUAGAACUGAGAGGGGACUGCUCAAAACCUAAAUAAUGAAUCUGAUUUUGGCAAUAUACAGCGAAUUCCUAAAUCGGACCCAAAUGUUAUGUUUGCAGUCAGAACCCACGCAGCUACAGGGGAGGAAUUUCCCCAGCCUUUGACCACUUGAGAGAAAGUAAGCAGUACCCACGUGGGCGAGCAGGCAUCAGCUAACUCUUUGUGUAGUCAUACUCAGAUUUGUGUUAAUUCACAACAAAACAUGACCACAUGCUUGAGCUGAUGCAGUCAUAUGUUGGUACUUCUGAGCACUUAAUUGACCAGCUGAUAGCAGCCCUACAGUCUGCUUAUGGUGGAUUUGAAAGAAAAAA